AUGGCGGAAUCGCCGUCUAAUCGUCAGACGAUCCGGCUCGUUGGUCAGCAUCAAAUGCCACCAAUAUCGGUAGAAGACGUCAUCGGAGAAGCGGAAGGCGGAACGGAGAACGACUAUGUGGACGAGAGAGCCAAAAGACUCAUCGGAGAGCUCCAGAAGCACUGGCUCACCGAUUAUCACAAUUCGCGCGAGAAAUCGCUCGUCGAACUCACCGAAAAAGUGCGCGCAUUCCGACGCUUCCCGGCACAUUUCCAGCUCUUUUCUUGCAGCUCCACCAAGAAUUCCUGGCCGAUCAGCAGAAGAUCCGUUCGGAGCUGCUGCAGCAGUUCAAAGAAGAGCUCGAGCAGACGAGAUCCGAUUUGGAGCUCAAGUAUCGGGAGCAGCUGAAGCUCGAGGGAACCAAAAUGACGGAGAAGCACCGCCGAGAGCUGUCCGACUCAAAGAAGAAGCAGUGGUGCUGUCAGUGCGAGAACGAGGUGCGUCGGCAGAGAAAUUUGGGUCAGAUUCGGAUAAGUUUGCAGGCGAUCUAUCACUGCUGCUGGAAUACGGCAUACUGCUCGGUCGAGUGUCAACAGAAUCACUGGCAGAAUCACCGUCGAACGUGCCGUCGCAAGAAAGUGAACACUCACGGAAUCAUUCCCGGACAGUGA